UAUACCUUUCCUGGCAGUUUAAGGACAAGCCCAGGAGGGAACAGUGCUUUUACACAUAUCACAGCAGGCUAUUGUAUUUCCCUACAGGGAAUUACAGGGAUAUUAAAAUGCCCAAACUCUUAUUUUCAAGGAUUCGACUUUACGAAUUUAAGGAUUUAAUGCCCAACAUGAAGCGGCCACGAAGGAUUGACAUUGUACUGAACUGCAGGAGGCGUAAGAAGGAUAUCCAGUGUGUCAGUGUACAGAAAUGUAAUGAUGAGAUGUACUCUUCAAAGCUAAGUUGUCAGACUGACCAUGAACUUCACCUGGAAAAACUGCUAAAAGACAAAAAGUAUUUAGCAGCAUUCCACUCUUUUCUGCAGUCUGAGUUCAGUGAGGAAAACAUUGAGUUCUGGCUCGCAUGUGAAGAGUUCAGGUUGACUACCUCACCAGAAGACCUUCAAUGGAGAGCAGAGGAGAUCUACCGGGAGUUCAUCCAGCCUACAGCCUGCAGAGAGAUCAAUGUAGACCAGCGUGUUAGAGAGAAGAUCAAGCAGGCACUUGAGAAACCCAACCUUUCCUGCUUUGACGAGGCCCAGAAACAUGUUUACCUGCUGAUGGAAAGAGACUCUUGCCCAAGAUUCCUGCACUCAGAUGCCUACCUGAGUCUAAAGCGCAAAUCCAGGACUCUGUGGUACCUUUAAAGAGAGCUACCAUCCCUGGAUCAACUAAUUUACUGUUUCACUCUAAACCCAAACAUAAAAAAAUAUUUUUUAACAGUGUGCAAUAUCAUUUUUUCUUUUUGUACUGAUAAAAUGCCGUGGACUUUAGUACAGCAAGGCAAACACAAUGACAGAAAAGUAAUGUGAGUGUGGAGAUAUGUACGUAUAAAGAAUGUUGGUAUGUGUUAGUACUUUAGAGGAGUUCAAGGUUCUUUGAAGUACUGUAUGUGUUAACUGAAAGUCUAGGUAAGUUAGGCUUGUUUCUGAUGUGAAAUGUUAGGACUUCUUGCCCAAAUUUGGCUCAUUCAGUCAGUAACUGUAGUCAUUCAUUAUCUAUAAGUAUUCUUUUUAUUCCAAUAUAGUCAGAAUUAUAUUUAUCUGACUGACAAACUGAGACAUGAGGAAGGGCAUGAGUCAAAAUAAAGGAUAACAGUUUCCACAGCUUACCCAGCAAAGGGAUUCUGUUUUCAGUCACAUGUCUACUAUAUCCUUUAAUUAGGUGUGGGCCUGACUCUGUACACCAACAUCAGGGUUUACUAAACUGGAAAAAAGUAACCCCCCACUCUAACCCUCGAUCCCGCUCUGUUCUGUAAACGGCCUUAUUCCUAAAGAUUGUGCCUUAAAAAGGAGUACUGAGGCAGCUAAUAAUAACUCAAGGGCUUAAAUGACAACACAGGAGUCAUCAGACAACCUGAUGCGUAACAGAUCAGCCCUCAAUGUGCUGCCUUGUUAGGGGAAUAAUCUCAUCACCCACAGACAAUGACUGGGGAAAAUACUACAAAAAGAGGAGUCUGGGAAAGGUUUUUUCAGAUGAAAAUAGAGAGACUGUGUAUGUUAAACAGUUCCACGUUAAUAAAGGUUUUUGUCACAUCGGUUUGUACUCAUGGCCUGAUGUUGUUAACAAAUUUAAGCAGUUUUUCCAACCAUGAUGAGUACUGUGGGGCAAAAAAAGAGGACGUGGUCAUAGAGAAUCUGCUUCAUCACUUAUCAGACUUGAUAAUAAAAGGACAGUAGCUUAUAUUUUUUACAACAGUAAGCGCCUCAUACCAUUACUCAAAAGGAUAUUUGAACCCUAUCUGGUCAAAGACUAAUAGCUUUAUGACUGGAAAUCCUAUUUUUAAAAUACUAUAUUGAGGCAUUUGCUCUGUUUUUAACAUAAAGGUGAAAGCCCAGAGUUCAUGUACUACCAUAUGAAAGAGAACACCAAUGAAAGGUAUGAAAACAAACUAUGAAGCUCACUUUUUUGUAGUUCCAACACAAGUGAAGAAGGCUUUGAAACUAUGUUGCUAUAUUGUUUCCCCGUGUUAGCUAGUUUACAAUCAACAUCCACUUCAGCAUGACACAAAUAUUUGUGUCAUGGCAGUUGAGUCUAAACACAUCCAAGUCUGUUAGUCAGCUGCCAUUAUAGGGACGACAGAUUGGGCCUUUAGGUGUAUAUUCAGUUUGAGUUUGCCUGUUCUAGUUACUAGUCAUUAGAUAGAAAUGCAUAUGGAUUUUAAAAAGCGAUGGUAGAGUUACGUUUUCAGACAAAAGCCAAAGGUUUUGGCUAUUGCUUUCCAUGCAAACUAUUUACUUUGAUGUGAGAAAGGUUGCUCUAAUGCUAUUUGGACAUUGAGGGAAAUAGAAACAGAAAUCAUACACUCAGUAUAACAGCAGAACAUCCUUUAUGGUUCUAUGGGAACAUGACCCCUUGGCUUCCUCGAUGUAUGACCUCAAUAAAGACUUUCUAUGGUAUCAGUCUCUAGACUGAAGUGUUUUCUAUAUCAUGUUCAUUUUGUAAAUUAUGGUUGCCAUUAGAUUGAAAAAAGGAUGAUAAAGUUUCAGUCAAAUUAGCCGCUCGCUCUUCCAGUUUUAAGUUGCCGAGCUGACUACAGCGAAAAUGCAAACUUUAAAACUUUGCAACUGAACCUACAAUUAGUCAUGUCCCAAAAUCCAUGUUUCAUAGUUGCAGAGAGAAACCAGAAAGCUUCAGACACCAACCUACUGCAGGGAGAAAUAUCUUUAUAGAGACACACCCACUCAUACUAUUUUUCUAUGGACUAGUAACCACAACUCUUUCUUUUAAUAACAAUAUUAUUAUUUUUAUUUAUUAUAUCCAGGGCCACUUGUGUUUCAGAGAUAUAGCUAUUGGAAAAUUUAUUUUGGAUCCUUAAUCUCAUAAUUACACACAAAAAAAGAAAAAAAUACUUUUCCCUCAUGAACAUAAAGCAAUAAUUUUGUGUAAAAAGCAACUGAAAUGUUCAAUUUAAAGGUAUAAUUAAUCAAAUAAUUAAGCAUUAAAAAAAUAUUCUUGGUAUAAACCGAAUGUACACCAAUCAACAGAUUCCAUUAAAUUUAAUGUUUUACAUUAUUAUUACAUAUGUAGCAAAUUACAUGGAAAAUUUACAUGUAAGCAAAUUGCUUAAUAAAGUCAGUAUUUUGUGGAAUAAUUUUUUGAAUGUAAACUCUGAAAGCAUUACAAUUAAGUUAAAAGGUUAAAAUUAGUUUUAAAGCAGGACAAAAUCCAUGUGUGCUAUGACAAGGUUGAAAGUGCUCACUCUAAUUUUAUGUGGAUACUGUAGGAAAUGUUAUGGUUGACUUGGUUUUGAUUGUAAUUUUGGGCUGAAACUAUUUGCAGGUGUACAGUCGUACGUCAGAAAACUCUCAGUACACAGAGUGUCACGGGUUGUUCCUGAUAAACGACAGAGGUCUCACAUCUCCUCCAUCACAUGGCACACAAUCUGUCACUGUUUUCUCAUAGCCCACAACCGUUACCAUGGUAGCGAAAAGGAAGUGAGUACUGCUGCUGGCACAGUGUUAGUCAAGACGGUUACGGUUGGGAGGAACUUUACUAUAAGAGCUGGAUGCUGAAUGUUAAAUCUUAUACACUGAUGUGCUUGUCCACAUUUUAACUUCAGACAGGGAAUGCAGCUUUCACCUCUCAGUGUUUGGUGACUAUCGCAACGCCUCAGUACUUAUAACCGUGUUUGGGCAAAAAGGGAAGCAUCAGUGAGGCAAAGCCUAAGGGUAGAUUAUAACAGGGUAGCCUAUGGCAUCAGGUUUCGAGUGGAAGCUUUCAAAAAGCUUUAAAGACUUCAAAUUCCCCAGUUAGGAACCAAAGUUCGCAUCUUAGAUCUGUGAAAUGCACUUGCUUUGGGCUUUCACACCUCUAACAGUAAAUCUAUUCACACUACCAAAUAUUAAUAAGAUUGCAGAGUUGCUAUUUUUGUCUGGUUUUGUGUAUUUGCUACAAUGUCAAUGCAAAGCUGUUUCUAUUGAUUUGGGGGGGGGAUGAACAUACAUUUCUGUGCUAUGUGGUCAAGGAUGAGAAUGAAUAAAGCACCAACAUCCUCUCUCUAUACAAAAUGAGUAGGAAAUCUUUGCAACAUGUGAAGGCAGAGGCAGAUGGUGUGACUCAGUACUGUCACACUCCCAGCUAGGGUCUACAUGGAAGUGCAAGGCUAUGGGCUACAUUUGAUAAUAACCUGAUCUAUUUUUGCUUUAAAUGUAAACUGACCAUAGUGACUAUUGUCAGUACAUUGAUUAGAGUUGUAACCAAUGAGUGAUAACCCAGAGCGGCCUUGCUUGUUUAAUGUCCCAUGAUUGUGUUUUCCUACACUGGGCGAUACAUUGCAGUGAAAGCAAUGCUGUUGAAAAGUUCUGCAACUCUGCAGAUCAAAAGCCAUUGCAAAUUACAUGCAAACUUCAACUUGUGCCAAACUGACCACCAGAGUGUUGAAGCCCAAAGGGUAUCAAAAUCAAACAGGCUACUAUAUACAAACUGAAGCAUAUAUGAAGAUUUGCUGCAAACUACCCGAAUUGCGAGCAUAUGCCAGUACAAUGUGUUUUAGCCCAGCUAACACAGUUGUAGCCCCUUCAUCUUGACAGACAGGAGGAGGUCCCAUAUGCAAACUAGACCUAUAAGCGCUCUAGUCAAAUAGGAACUUCCUGGAAGAGUUCCUGUGCUGUACAAAUGAUAAAAUUCAAAUCAGGGAUGUUUUUUUCUUUUCAAAUUUUGUUAUAGGUGGACUCCAAAAACAAUAAUAAUGAAGCUGUGGUGAAAAGUUUACUUAAACUCUUCAUGGUCAUAAAUAUCA